GCGCGGCCGCCGUAUUCCUGUUUUGAUGACGCAGAAUUCCGUGCGCGCCGCCCGCACCCCACUCCGCCGUCAGACGUCAUUUGACGUGGCUGCUACGUAGCACUCGCUCGGGCCAGUCGGAUCGCAGGACCAAGCUCUCGUACGACGUAACAUUGUGACUGCUGGACGUAACGACGAUCUGAUCGUGUUAUGGACGGUAUGGUAGAAGAAAAUGGGACUGGCGGUUCAGUUGACGCCCUCGUCUCUCAGGGUACCGGCAGUCCAAUUGUCGUCACGUCGGUGCACUCAGUCAUUCAGGCGAACCAGCAGUCAGUCAUCCAGACAGCGACGCAAGGCACCAUGCUCACCAAAGGCAACGUCAUAUUGUUAAGCAAACCGAAUUCAGUUAUACAAACCCCUCAAGGAAAUAUACAAACUCUUCAGGUAGUUGUUGAAGCUGGUAGUGAUGAAAGCUUAUCAGCAAAUGAAGAUAGCCCCAAAAGAGGACGCCACGAUGCUUUGACAAGAAGGCCGUCUUAUCGGAAGAUCUUGAAUGAUAUCGCAGGCGGAAAGGUUGAAUCAUCUGGUUCAGAUUGCGAUUCAAAUCUUGACAGCGAAUUAUCUUCAAAUUCACUGUCUGCUCAUUACCAAACUGUUCCUGGAUCAAUUCAGUUAAAUAGCCAAGGUGAUAUGCAUAAUAUGCCAACAUUAACAAUGUCAAAUGCAACUUCUACUGGUGGUACCAUAUUGCAGUAUGCAAGUCAGGAUGGACAAUUUUUUGUACCUGUUGUUACCCAAGGAGGGAGUUCCACUUUAAAUACAAGUUCUUUGGUACCCGAAGACCAAGUAAAAAAACGUGAAAUGAGACUAUUAAAAAAUAGGGAAGCAGCAAGAGAAUGUAGACGAAAAAAGAAAGAAUAUAUUAAAUGCUUGGAAAACCGAGUAUCUGUAUUAGAAAAUCAGAAUAAAGCACUUAUUGAAGAGUUAAAAGCGCUAAAAGAACUAUAUUGCCAAACAAAGACUGAAUAGACAUAGUUUUUGAACCUUCAAAUUAAAAAGAGAAAACAAAGUACCAGUCAUGACCAAAAUUGCAUGCUUAACGUGAUAUUUUAAAAAAUCUUGUAAGCUCAUUUUAACUUAUAUAAUAUGUUUUAAUCUCUUGGUUAUGUUUUUGGAAUUAAUUAAUUUUUAAAAAUGGUUUAUUUUUGUUAAAAUCCAAGAAAUUAGUUAAAGGGUCAAUUGUGCAGUUAAAUGGGUGGCCAAUUCCGCGUUAACAAUUAUUCUAGUGCAUAAUUGUCAACUACAUGACAUCACAGUAAUUUUUGUUCAUAUAUUUUCAAAGAAUUCAUGAGCUUUUAUAUAUCUAUGCAGUUACAUAAUUGUGUACUGUGAAAUUUGAAACUAUAUAAAAAAGGUUUCUUUUUCAAUGAGUGUUGGCUAACUUUUAAGUGUCAAACAAAAGAAUUUAUGUGGUAAUUGUGGGGUUUGUUUAAAUUAAAAUUAUUUUUUUCCUUAAAUUUACUUGUUAAAAUGUACUAUCCAGGUUUGGUUAUGAUAAAUGAAUGGACUAUUUUUUUAUACAUACAAUUCUCAAAAUAUUAAGUUACCUUUAUGGUUAUUUCGAUUUAAGAUAUAGGUAUAUAUUAUAUAGAUCAUAUAUAUAAAUAUAUAAAUAGGUUGGUUUAUUUUAUGUAUUUGGAUGUAUUUACCAUUUUUUAAACAUUGAUAUUUGCCAUAAUUUUAAUUUAUAGACUUCAAUUUAUAAGUUUUACAGUUUGUUGAAAAAAAGGGUGUUAAAAAAUAAUAUUUUACAGGGGAAACAAUUAUGUUUUAAAAAUAGAGAUUGAUUUAAUUAUUUAAUUAUUUCACCUAUUUGUGAAAUGAAAAUAAGUAUUUAUUAUUACUUAAAACAUUUUACUGAAACAGCUUAAACAACGAUUAUGUUCUACAAUAAUGUGAUUAAAACUGAUUGCUUAUUACCAAGUUUUUAAAUUUUUUUUUCAUCUAAAUAAAACUUGGGAUCUGACUAUUUAGUUCUAUAAAUUAGUUCAUAAUAUUAUCCCCUGUUUGAUAUUAAUAUUGGAAUUGACUACCGUUUAUCAUUUAAUAAAAGUUGAAGACCUCUUUCUGUAUACAUAUUCUAUAUUAUAUAAAUAUAUCUCGGUAUAAUUGUUAAAACGGAACAAUAAAAUAUUUUCGUAGACAUUAGAUAUCUUUAAUUUGUUUAGUGUAUAUAGUUAUUUUUAGAAUUGUUUUAUUAUUAUUUUUAAAUGUAAAUUGAGCAUAAAAAUGUAAUUUUUUAAUGUAAAUUUGUUGUCUAUUAGAAAAAAGAUUAUUUAUGAAUAUAUUAUGAAUUUGUUAAAUAUUGUGUAUGGUGUAUAAUCGAUAAUCAUGUUUCAUGUAUAUAUUUAUAUAUAAUAUGAUAAUGAUAAAUAUUUUUAAUACUAUUUUGAUAAAAAAAAAAAAAAAAAUCCGUUAAAGUUUAAAAUGGUUACAUUGUGUUUAACUGUUUUUAUAAAUGUAGACUAGAUGGUUGAACUUCUUCAAUCUGAACUUUGAAAACAAACCAAAGAUAAUGAAGCUAUUAACCAAUUUAAUUAUAUUAAUUUAUACAUAAUUAAUCAACAGAUUUUUGAUUAUUUAUUCUAAAUUUGUUAAAUAGAUAACUAAUUUAUAUUAUUAUUUAUUCUUUGUUUAUUUUGUUAUUCUUAAUUUGUUUUAUCUUUGUUCAGAUAAAGGGAUAAUGUUAUUAUGGUAUAUCUACUUAUAAACUUGUAUAAUUAUUAUUUUUUGUAAUCCUGUUUGGUUUUAUUGGUGUUUUUUCCUUGGUUCAAAUAAAAUGUUAUUUUGAAUGGCAAUGGUGAACGCAGAGGGAGUCAAUACUCUUAAAAAUAUCUAGAAAAUCAAAAAAAUAAUAUAUUAUGUCUAAUUAUUUGAACUUUUCCUGCAAAAAGAGAAUGUAUUUACCAUUUUCUAAAUGUAUUCCUGCGUUUGCCCCUGUCAAAUAAAAUUACUAUUUCAA